GAUACAACUGAGACCCAACAUAAACUCUCACUUCCGGUUACACAUAUAACCCAUAUUGAACAUAAACAAUAUCAAAUAUCGCUGAUACGUAUUUAUGCCUGUUUUCUUCGCUUUUAUAAGACAAAAUACCGCUUUAGAGGUUACUGGUUUCGGUUAUAUCUCGUUUAGAAGACAAAGCUCACAAACGUUUGGCUGCAAUUGAAAAUCGCAACACAAUACUCUUCGUUUUGAAAGAACGUAGCUGAGCUGAGUUGGCAGCUUAAACCUAACUCUGUAGACUACAGGUUAGUGUCUUCCAUUGAAUUCUCAGUUUGGGAGUUUGACCAGUUGUUUUACUUAUACGCAUGAGACAAAUACAAUAUACCAAGGUCCAAGACAGUGACAUUCCAAUCUUGAUAAGUUUACGAAAAUGUCUGCACUUUUAACCUGUACAGUAGAGUAAAUGUUUGUAUACUAAUUCUCGCUUGUUAUAACUGCGGUAGACUAAGUUUAUAACCGGGAAUCCACAGUGAUCGGUAGAUGGAUCGACUCGUAAAAGGGCUCAAAACGUUUGAAUUAUUCUUAAAAAAAAGUUUUUAAAAUGAUUGCAAAGUUUGACUCGAUGAAACAGAGUUAAUAAAUUGCAAUGGAAGCCUCUGAAACGCAAUUUAUUAUCUAGUAGAGGUGUUUGGGAUUAGACCUUGAACAAUGUUGUGUUUUUUCAGAACUUAAUUAAACUUAUGGAAAUGCAACACGAAAACUACGUCGAGGAGUUCUCUCGUGAACGACUAAUGGAAGACAUACGACAGUACCCUUGCAUUUACGACAAGUACGACAAAGACUAUCCAGACAAGAACGCCAAGAACAAUGCCUGGUCGGCCAUAGCAGCGAAGUAUGGUAUCACCCCAGCAGAUGCGGAUAAAAAGUAUAAAACAAUGCGUAGUUCUUAUACCAGGUAUUUAAAGAAAAAACGAAAUACGCCGCCAGGAGCCAAAGUGCCGCCCCUACCUUUGGCGUUUGUAAACUUAGACUGGCUUGCGAGUCACAUCGACCACAAGGAGACGUCUGUGAAAUAUGCAGUCAAUGAAGCUAAAGAUGAUUUUUAUAGUGAUUACAUGACAGACGGAGAGGAUGCGUACCACAGCAGUUAUGGUGAAAUAAUGCGAGAAGAGAACAAUUCAGGCGAUCUGAUAGAAGUACCUAGCUCAAAUAUAGCCAGUCGCGCACGAGAUAGCUUAAAACCAGAGCAAGCGACAAGUCGUCAUGUAAUGGAAAGUUUAAAACCAACGACGACCAGAAGCCAAACACCUCAUGUAAAGGACAAUCUUCGACCCGACCCUUUGCCGACACCACACGUAACGACACCUGAAUAUCAAUCGAUUCGAGCUACUUCUCCGCCUGUUAACAAUCAUAGCAAUCUCGUGUCUAGCACACAAACCCCCCAAGCAAACUGUCCGAAAACCAUCACAAUGUACUACAACACACCAAACGACUCGCCUAGUGACACCGUGUUUAAUCUCAUACCCUUGGAGUCCGUAAAGCCUACAACAACGACGCCACCACUGUCGUCGGAAAGUAACGGAAAACGAAAACGGAUCGAGUGCGACGACGAAGAUGAAUUGUUUUUCCUGAGUCUCGUACCAACUCUUAAGAGACUGGGCCCGAGAAAUAAGACCAUUGCUAAAAUGAGAAUUCAACAAGUCCUAUUUGACUUGGAGUUCCCCGAAAGUGGGUAGAAUUUGAAACGCUUCGGUCGAACUAUGCGGGAUGACAGGCGUAAGGUUGGAACGAUUGUUAAUUCAUAUUUUCUUUUUUGAACGAACAUAACAAGAUGCCGUUUAACCGUGUCUUUUUACAGCAUAUUAACAACAACAUUGUGAAAUGAAUCUCGCCAGAUACUAUUUUAGAUUAUGUUGUUCAAAGUGUUUGUAUAGGCAGCGACAUUUUUAUUUUGACAAUUCUACGUUGCAAAAUAGACCACUUGCAUUAUGACGUCACACGCACAGUUGCAACACACGGCAUCCAUUUCGUUUGAAAGCAAGUUACAGCCCCCUCCCGUCAUGCAUCACGGGCACUCAUGCGUGUGACGUCAUAAUGCAAGUGGUCUAUUGCCAUCAUGCCUCUGUGUAUGUCUGCUCUGUACACAUAUUAUACUCUUUGGUAAAAAUACUUCUUGCCCAGCUUCACUAACAACAGACGCAUACACGGUAGCUAAUUACCGUCUGGCUAACUACCAUUGCUUAGCAAGGGUGAACUGCGUGUGUGAAACGCUUCAUAUGGCUAACGUCAUAGAAGAUAGAUACAGCGCUAAAACUACCUGGCGAUAAUGAAGGAUGGAGUUAUUGUGUAUUUCCUUUUUUUAGGCAGCCCGGCAAGAAAUUAUGCGAUUUUAAAUAAAGUGCAUCCUGGGUGAUUUACUGGGGGUUUGAUAAUUACACUUUUGAAUGUGGGAAUUUGGAGGUUU